AUGUCUGAACACGUCAGGAGCUGGGCCUCCACCCAGGAGCUCGUCGAGGAAUUCGACCACAUCCUGACAGAGAAGAGAGUGAAGCUCGACAACCUUGCCAAUGUUGACAGGGACGUUGUAGAAGAGUUCCUCAAAGAGGAGCUCUGCCCCUCUACUCCUCUGUUACCGAAGCCUCCACAGAUAGGACGAUCUAACGAAGGUCCAGAGAACAUGACGGGUUCAGGGAAUAAGGAGGAUUCAGAGAGCUCUGACUCUGAUAGCACGCACAAGGAAGAAUCUGAUGGGAUCCUAGCAACGAAGAAGGAAGUGCUGGUUACCCUUGAUUGGGACUCCGUAGAUGGCCUUCUUAGAGAGACGUCAAGGAAAGACAAAGAUUCAGAGAGCUCUGUCUCCAUUAAGAAGUUCUUGGAAGAAUUUAACGCGACCCUGCAAAAGGAGUUUGAAAACAAGGUCUGGACUUAUGGGGACAAUAUGGGAGACCUUCCUAGGAAGGAGGUCCUGACGAAGAAGGAAGUGCUGGUUACCCUUGAUUGGGACUCCGUAGAUGGCCUUCUUAGGGAGACGUCAAGGAAAGACAAAGAUUCAGAGAGCUCUGUCUCCAUUAAGAAGUUCUUGGAAGAAUUUAACGCGACUCUGCAAGAGGAGUUUGAAAACAAGGUCUGGACUUAUGGGGACAAUAUGGGAGACCUUCCUAGGAAGGAGGUCCUCCUCCCACCUCCUCCUCCAUCACUACUCCUUCAUCCUCCUGCUCUACCUCCAAACGUGAGCUCUGCUUUCCCAGAGUUCGGUGUCGACGCUACCGUUCCGGUCAGACACAACGGAGAUCCAGAUAAUGUCUCCGGGCCUCCUGUUCCGACAUUUCUACCUCCAGCUCCUUCUGCCCCUCCUCCACCCUCCAUCCAGGAGAUCAUGGAGGAUGUCACCCGCAUCCUGGCAGAGAACUUCCGUAACGUGGUCCCCACUGACUGGAAUGUCAGGGAGGAAUUUCUUCCGGGAAAUGUGCUCCUUCUUCGUCCCCCUCCUUCUCCUCCCGUCUGGCUUGGUCCACCACAGCUCCACACGGAUACUUUGAUUCUGCACAGUUUACCCAUAGUCCGCCUACCUGAAGGUUUCAAGCUUGGACCAAUUGGAGUCCUGAAUGGAGAAAUCUUGUACGGAGUCUUUCCUCCUCCUCUGAAUGUCUGUGGAAGAAAGUCAAACUUCAGCACACCGUCACGGGUCAGAGACAAGCGGGACGUUGGCCGACCGUACGUUAAAAAGCCACCAAACGCCUUCAUCCUUUUCCUGAAGGAGAUUAGACCAAAGGUGGUGUCUGAGCUCAACAUCAGCAGAAGUGCUGUGGUGAAUAGAGUUGUGGGAGAAAUGUGGAACUGUUUGGCCGUCGAGGUGAAGGCCAAAUAUUUCGAGAAGGCCAGACUGGAACAAAAGCUCCACCAGCAGCAACACCCUGGUUGGUCCGCCAAUAGUAACUAUCGCAAGAAGAGGAAAAGGGUGAAAAAUAAGACCUCAGAGCAGCAGCAGCAGCAGCAGCAACAGUACAGCCUACCCUCCACAAUGCCUGUUCCAUUUCUCUGCUUGAUCCCCGACUCCAACUCAGAGCCGGCCCAAGACCAUCAAGGGCCCAAAGCAGAGACUGAUUCAAGGGGGGCCCUCUUCUAAUUAGAACAAAUAAACUGUUUUGUUUCACAUUUAAAAAUAAUAAGAAGCCCAGUUUCAUGAUUUAUUAGCUCAACAAAGAAGGUGAACUUGUCAUAAAAGUGAUUUCCCUCGCACUAAUUUGUAACAAAGAGCAAUGUUUUUUUUUUU